UUUUUUAUUGGGAGGGGGGAGGGGUACUUUUUUUUUCCGUUUUUUCUUCUUCUUCUUCUUCCUUAUAAAUGUUCUCAGCAUUAACUCGUCCACUUUUUCAAUUGUCCAGAAGAGACUUUCAUAGAUCAUUAAUUAAACGAAAUUCAUAUAAUGAUGCUUCAAAACCAUUUCCACCUCCACAACCUACCAGGCCUGUUGAUAUGAUAAAUGACAUGAAUAAUAAUGCGAAUGCUACGUCACCCACUUUAGAUGCCAUUGUAGAAGACAGUAAUAAAAAGGAGCAUUCAUUUACAGCAGAUACUAGUUUUAGAAGAAGUCAUCAUUUUGAUACUUAUGAGUUAUUAACCUUUCUCGAAAAUCAUGGAUUUAAAAGAAAGCAAGCAGAAGUGAUAAUGAAAGGUAUUAAAUUUCGAAUUAGAGAAUGCACUGCCUCAGUCAAACAACAAUUACUAUUUGCAUCCGAUUUAGAAAAUGAUACUUAUUUAUUUAAAGCGGCCUUAUCAGAGUUAAGAACAGAAAUACAAAUCAUGAGGAGGAAUGAUAUUCAGAUGCUACAAAAUGAAUUAUCUUUAAUAACGAGAGAAGUAGAAGGAUUAGAACAAAAGUUAAAUGAAUCUCUUGCAGACUUGAAAAAUGAAAUUCAAAUGGAUAUGAAUAAUAGGAAGAAUGAGACUCGUGAAGAACAAAAGUCGAUGGAUAUCAAAAUUCAAGAAAUAAAUAAUAAAUUUACACUACAGUUAGGUGAUAUUCGAACAGAAAUUGAAGCUGUUCGAUGGGAGACGAUAUGGAAAGGAUUAACGGGCGUUGUAUUGGCAGGACUUACAAUCUCUAGUUUAGGUUAUUUAUUAAAUAAGCAUUCAAAUCGAAAAAAGGCAAAAUUAGAAGCUGAUCGAAAACAGAAACUAAUAGAAGAAAAGGAAGCUAAUAUAGAAGCUGGAGCAGCUGAAAUGGAAGUCAUUUUUUAAAUAACAUAUACAUAUAUAUUAUAUCCUAUUUUUACAUGUUUAAAUAUCUCUAUUUUAUUGUUUUUUUCUUUCUUUCUUUCUUUCUUUGUCUAUAAAAUAAAUACAUGCUUUUGUGUGUGUGUGUGUAUGUGUGUGUGUAUGUGUACUAUA